AUGUCAAUUUCAUUAAAAAUUAAUAUUGUUGGUGCAAAUACUGUUAAAACAUUAAGAUUUGCACCAGAUAUGUGUAUUCAAGAAUGUUGUACACAUAUUUUUGAAAAAACAAAUGAAGGUGGACCAGAUCAUGGUUUGUAUCAAGCUCAUAUUGAAGGUAAACAAUCAGCAAGAUGGUUAGCAAUGGAAAAAACAUUACAAUUUUAUGAUAUCAAUUCAGAUCAACAAUUAGAUUACAAAAAAAAACAUAGACCACAAAAAUUCAAAUUAUUAGAUGGUACAAUUAAAACUCAAUUAGUUGAUGAAAGUCAAAAUGUUUCUGAAAUCGUUAAUUCAAUUUGUAAGAAAAUGGGUAUUAAAAAUCCAGAAGAAUAUUCAUUAAUGAAUUCAGCUGGUGCAUGGUUAAAUAAUACACAAAUUUUAUCAGAACAAGGUAUUUCUGAAAAUGACAUUACAGUUUUAAUGAAAAAAUUCUUUUUUAAUGAUGCAAAUAUUGAUAGAAAUGAUCCAGUUCAAUUACAUCUUUUAUUCGUUCAAUGUAGAGAUGGUAUUAUUGAAGGUAAAUAUCCAACUCAAAGAGAAGAAUCAUUGGCAUUAUCAGCACUUCAAUGUCAAGUUCAAUUAGGUGAUUAUAAUCCAACAAAACAUGUUCCUGGAUUUUUAACAUUAAAAGAUUAUUUACCAUUACAAUGGUUAAAAUCAAAAGGUGUUGAAAAGGAUAUUUUUAAAGAACAUAAGAAAUUAGUAUCAAUGACAGAAGUUAAUGCAAAGUAUAGAUAUGUACAAUUGUGUCGUUCAUUAAAGACUUAUGGUAUGACAUCAUUUGAUGUAAAGAUUAGAGAAUAUGGUAAGAAGAAAAUGGUUGAUCAUAUUUUAGGUAUUACAAGAGAGCAAAUGUUAUUGAUGUUAACUGAGACUAAGGAAGUGAUAAUGACACAUCCAUUGAAACAUAUAAAGAGAUGGGCUGCAACUGAUAAGAGUUUUACUUUGGAUUUUGGUGAUCAUGAAACUGAGUAUUUGAUUUUACAAACCCCAAAUCCUGAACAAAUCAGUCAGUUAAUCGGUGGUUACAUUGAGAUUAUUAUGAAGGCCAGAAAGGAUUCAUCCAAAGUGAUAGAGAAGGAAGAUACAGCAAUGGGUGUUGAGGAGGUGAUGGCUGUCAAGAAAGGCUCCGUUGCUAAUAGUUCAUCAUACAUGGGGUACGGUGCAGGUGGGGGCGGUGCCAAUCAGUUGCAACCAUCCCAACAAAUUCCAAUCACUGAUUUAAAGAGUGCUUUACGUGCAACUGAUCUUUUAAUUGGUGAAUUGGGUGGAUUUAGAAGUUCCACUGGUGCAACUCCACAGAAUUUCACACGUUCAUUCACUACAUUAACACCACAACAAUUUAAACAUCAAUUGAUCUCUCAUACAAAUGCAAUGGCAAUUGCAGCACAAGGUUUAUUCCAAGAUAUGACAACCCCACCACCAACUGGUGGCAUUGCAGCAUUCCAACAAGCUAUUACCAAACGUGCACAAAUCAUUAUGGCUGAAUUGAAUACAGUUGGUACUGCAGCCAAGAAUGCCGGUUAUUUCCCUGACAUGGCAAGUUUCUCUGAUGAAAUCAUUGGUGUAGCUACAAAAUUAUCAGAAUCUAUGGCACGUCUUCUUGCAAUUGGUUCAACUAUUCAAGGUACAGAUUGUGAUGAAAAAUCACAAAAAGCAGCACAAACUGAAAUUUUCAAUGUACAAUCAUUGGUUACAUUAAUGAUGGCAGCAUGUGAUAAUGAAUAUGUCACUGAUUCAAGUAGUAAGUUACUCAUUGAAUGUGCAAAGAAUGUUUCAGCAGCAAUUGCUGAUAUGUUGGUAGUUGGUAAUAGUAAAGUUGAAUUCAUCGAUGAUGAAUUAUUAUUAGGUCAAAUUCAAAACACAUUAAAAAGCACUUCCCUCACAUCGGAUGAAUUAUUAUCAACCACUGAAAAUUUAGCAUCAACUUCAUGUCAUCCAGAAUCACGUAAACAAAUCACCAACAUCACUCAAUCAGCAUUGAAUCAAAGUAAUGCAUUGUUAACUGCAUUCAAAUCUGGUGAAAUUCCAGAACAAGAUUAUAACUUGCUCAAUGCUAGAGUUUCAGAUAUUAUCGAAUCUGUUAAUUUAAUAAACUAUGCUAUGGAUUGUUCAGAGAGGGAAUAUAAAAUCUCUAUCACUUCUAAUGGUGUUGAAGUUGGUGAGGGUGAAAUUCUCGCUGGUACAAAUUUAACUGAGGAAUUUGCAACCGUUGCCAAUGAUUUAACAAAUGCUAUCAUGACAAUGAGAUCAAAUUUAAAGAAUCCAGACACCGUUAUGGAAUCCUAUAAAAUGGUAGCAGGUCAUGCCAAUCGUUUAAUCACUUGUACUAAAGCAGUUGCAUCACGUGCUGAUACUCAAUCACAACAACGUCUUUUCAAUUCAACCAAUGCAGUAUUUGAAUCUGUAGCAAAUCUUUCCAAUCAUUGUCGUUCCUAUAUUAAAAAUCCAGAACAAGAAGCACACACAUUCCAAAUCGUAGAAACUGCUGGUCAUUUACAAUUCCUCACUCAAAAUAUGUCAACUGAUGCUGGUAAGAUUGCAUGUAUCACAAGUUUACGUGAUUAUUCCAAAGAGAUGAUUGCUCAAGUUAGUUCAUUAAUUUCAACAAGUCGUACAUCCUCUCAAUAUUUACCAGAUGCAAAUGGUAUCACCUUAUUGAAGGGUGCAAAAGAUGUAUCUGAUGCAUUAUCUAAAUUAAUGGUUGGUAUUAAAAAGGUUGUAUUAGAUCCAAAAUCUGAAGCAACCCAAAUGGAACUUUUAACAUUGGCUCAAAAACAAUCACUUCCACCAAUGAAUUUAGUUUCCACUUGUAAAAGAUUUGCACCAAAGAUUUCAGAUCCAAAUCAAAAACAAAGACUUAUUUUCUCUUCAGAUGCUGCCGCUCAAUCUGUUCAAAAAUUAAUGAAAGCUGGUGAAGCCUAUAAAAGAAUUUGUGGUCAUAUAGAAAUUGAAGAAGCUUUAGAAGUAUUCGAUUCAACUAUUGCCGAUUUAGAAACAACUGAAAUUGCAAUUGCUGGUGGUUUCUUAGAUGCAGUUAGUGGUACAACUCGUGAAGGUGCUGCUGAAUUAUUAAUGGUUGCAAUUAAAGAUUUAAAUAAAGUAAACAAUGAAUUGGUAACUGAUAUUCGUGUUAAUCCAGCAAGAUUAGGUGAUUUAGUUAAAAGUGCAACUGAAUCCGCUUCAUCAGUUGCCAUCUCUGCUAAAACUUUAAUUUGUGCUACCACUGGAAAACAAGUUCAAAAGAAAUUAAUGGGUAUUACCAAACAAUUGAUGAUUGAUAUGGAACAAUUAAUUCGUGCAUCUCGUUCAGUAGCAUCAAAUCCAAAUGAUGCAGCAUCUGAAUUACUCUUGGAUGCAGCAUCCAAUGAUGUAUCAAUUAGUACAGCAGCAUUGGUUGGUUCAACUGCAAAUGUAGAUUGUAAGGAAUUGGAUGAAGCCUCUGCUGAUAUCUCAAAUUUACUCUCAUUGAAAAUGGGUUCCCUCGAAUCAAUUCUAUCACAACCAACUGAAGAAUUUGCUUUCUACGUUGAAGAGAUUGCUUCAUCAACUAAAGCAUUAAAUGCUGCAAGUCAACAAGUUGUUGCAAUGGCACGUAAUAAAAAUCUUAAAGGUUUAGGAGCAUCCGCUAAAAUCACAGCAUCAGCAUUGAGUACAUUGGUUAGUCAUGCUCAAAAUGCAAUUGUAUUAACAGAGAAUGAAGCUACAAAGAAUGCAAUUUUAGCAUCAACCGUUGCAUUGGGUGGUCAAAUCAUUGGUUUAUUAGAUUUCUCAAAAGCUCGUAUUGCAAAUUACUAAGAUCCAAUCUAUGAUCAAAAUUUAAUCAAUCAAGCAAAAUCAGUAGAGGAUCAUUUGGUAAAGGUUGGUCGUUCAUUGGGUGGUGAUGGUAAUAAUACAAUUUGUGAUGAAGCUGUCGAUCGUAUCAUUGAAGCCACUCGUUCAUUGGAUAAAACUAUUUUACCAGAUACAAGUGGUUUACAAACCAAUGCACAUUUAGAGAUGUUACAUCAACAAUCUCUACUUGCAAUUACCCAAGCAUCAAAGAAACUUGGUUCAAUUACAUCUAAUUUAGUAAACUCAAAGAAUAACUCCGAUUUGGUUGGAUCUGGUUCAACUGAUGCUGCUGAAGCAAUCAUUGAAAUGAUUGAAGCUGCCAAACAUGUUGUACACUGCUCCAUUUCAACCUCAUCACCAGAUAUUCUCUUACCUGCUAAAUCAAUUUUAGAUGCCUCUCAAAUGCUCACAGCUAAUCAAGCCGAUGUAAAUCAUGUACUUAGUCAUGCUCGUACCAUUGCAGCUUGUACUCAACAAUUGUUAGGUAUCACUAGAGAACGUGCUUCACAAUUCAAUGAACAAGAUGAACAACAAGUACAAGUUCGUGAUGGUAUUGUUAAAUCAACUCAACAAUUAGCUCAUGCCACCAGUAGUUUAGCACGUGCUGUUAAAUCUGUAACCUCUAAAGAACCAGGUGCCAAAGCAAUGAUCUCUCAAUCUUUGAAAGAUCUUGAAUCUGCAAUUAAUAAUCUUUUAAUCACAUCAUCUGUACCAGCUAGUGAACGUGGUAUUGGUAUUGCCGAUUUCAAUAAACUCAUGUCAACUUGUCGUUCAGUUUCAACAGCUUCAUCUCAAUUGAUCAUUUCCGCUUCUUCAUGUUCACAAAAACCAAAAGAUAUCGAACUCUCUUCAAUUCUCUCAGAGAACGCUGUAUUAAUGACAAAUUCAUUGAAAGAUAUCAUCAAAGUAACUUCAUCAAUGAUGCCAGGUGUAAACUUUUGUGAAGAAGCUAUUGAAAUCGCUCAACGUGCAAUUAGUGAUCUUUCAAGUGUUGCACUUUCAGUUGCAGUUGGUUCAUUCGAUUCAUCUGCCAAUAAUAAAGAAGGUUUAUCACAUGUUGAAUCUCAAGAGAGAUUGGUUGAUGUAACUAAAAAAAUUGGUACUGGUAUUAAUGAUCUAUUGAAAGCAUCAAGACAAUCACCAGAAGCCAUUGGUAUCUCUGCCAAGGCACUCUCAUUCAUUGCACCAUCAUUGGUUAAUACUACUAAACCUGCACUUGCAACUGCACCAGAUGCUGAUGCUCAAAAUGAUUUAGUCACAGAAUCAAAGAAUGUUGGUGACAGUAUCUUGAAAUUAUGUCAAGCUUCAUUGAUUGCCUCUUCAAAUCCAUCCAAAGAAACCUAUCAAAUCAUUGUUAAUAAAUGUGUUGACGCUUCAGAGGCAAUGAGUAAAUUGGUCGCUCAAAUUUCAUCAGGUGUUAAUCUCUAUAAAGAACUUGAUGAAUCACUCGAUCGUAUUCGUAAAUCAGUUGUUCAAACAUCUGCCAAGGAUGCACCAAAAGAUAGUGAAAAUAGAGGUUAUCAAGAAUAUAAAGAAGAGUUAUCCAAUCUUACAAAGAAUCUCGCCUUAUCACUUAAAACCAUUGUUGCAACUGAUGGUAAUAAUCUUGUAUCAAUUUCAACUAUCUCUAAAGAUAUCGCCAAUUAUAUCUCUGAUAUCGCUCAUGUUUCAUCAGCAAUUCUUGCAACUACAAGUGAUCAAAAGAUUAGAGAUUCUAUCAUUACAAGUUCAAGACAAGUCAUCGUUUCAACUGGUGAUAUUGUUAAUCAUAUUAAAGUCAAUUCAACCGAUAAAGCAAAUUCAUCACAAGCUAAAGUUAACGAUAGUUAUCGUGCUACCAAUGAUAAUAUAACUAGAUUCCUCCAAUCAUUGAAACAAGGUGCAAUCGGUGAGAUUCUCUCUGAUGCCGCCAUUGACCAAAUUCGUAAGGUUAUUUCAGAUUUGGAUGGCUAUAGUUUGUUCGCUGCCGCUGGUCAAUUAGAGAAUGAUCAAUCAUCUCAAUCAACAAUGAAUGAAGUUACCAAACAACAACAUUUGAAAAAUCUUCAAAAAGAUACAAUCACUCAAGCUAAAUUACUCAUUGUUUCAAGUUCGCAAUUGGUUGGUUCUUCAAGAGGUACUCAAGAACAUUUGGGUUCUGCAACUACUAAAGUUGCCAAUACCGUUUCAUCAUUGGUUAAAACCGCAAAAGAUAUUGCAUCAGUUUUAGCUGAUACCACAUCACAACAAGAUAUCCUCUCUGCAAGUAAAGCAUUAUCUAUUUCAUCUCAACAAAUGGUUUUGGCCACUAAAGAUGCUCAACGUUUCAAAAAGGAUGCUACUGCAUUCCGUUCACUUGGUAAAUCUGCUGAAGCUGUCGCCGAAGCUGUUGGUCAAUUCCUCACAUCAGUUUAUACCGCUAUCUCUGAUGCUGGUAAAGGUAUUAAAGAAUUGGAGAAAUCAAUUGUACAAGUUGCAAACUACCACGAAAAACCAGAUACUGUACUUAGCAAUAAAGAUGCCACUGCUGAAAUUUUCGCUCAAUCCGCUAGAGAUUUGGCUAAAUCUUCAAUUGAAAUCGUUACAUCCUACACUUCUUCUCAAGAUGAUCUCGUUAAAUCAUCACAAGCCGUUGUUUCCAACGUUCAAUCAUUCAUUUCCAAUAGUAAAGGUGUCAUUGCUUUAUUGGGUAACGGUAAUGAUGAUUUGAAAUCUAAAGUUUUGGAGAAUGUUAAACAAACAACUGGUGAUAUGUUAGCCUUGUUACAAUGUGUUAAAGAUCAAGAUAAGAAUGGUUCAACAAGUAUUGCUGAUGCUACUCGUUCAAUCUCUGAUCGUGUUCAUAGUGUUGUCACUUUAUCAAAAUCAUUACCAGGUGGUCAAAACAUUGUCGUAGAGGAAGAUAACGUACUCGAAGAUCUUGAAGCACUCGCUGAGGAUGAAUUAUCUGCAUGUGCUAGAUCCAUCGAAGAAGCUACCGCUAAAUUAAUUGCUGCCAGACCACAAUCUAAAUCUAAAAAUGGUAAAUUGGAUGCUGAAGGUGUUGCUGCAACAAUCGUAGAUGCUAGUAGUGCAAUUGCUAAAGCUGUUGCCAAACUUGUCAAUUCCGCUGCCGUCGCUCAAUCAAAGAGAAGAGAAGAUCAAAUUGCAAGUGGUUCAGUUUAUAAAGCUGAUCCAACUUGGUCAAAUGGUUUAAUUUCAGCCGCUAAAGGUGUAGGUGCUGCAACUCAUCGUUUAGUUGAAGCUGCAAUGAAAUCUGCAACUGGUAAAGCUGAAGAAGAAGAACUCAUUGCAACUGCACGUUCUGUAGCCGCUGCAACUGCCUUAUUAGUCUCUGCUUCUCGUGCUAAAUCUGGUGAUGACUAUCAAUCUCAAGCUGCCCAUUCACAUCUUUCAACUGCAGCUAGACAAGUCGCUUCCGCUACAUCUGAUCUUGUAGCUGCUGCUAAAGCUGCAACAAUCUUUGACGAACAACAACAAGAAGAAGAACAAGAACAAUUCAAUUUCACUGGUUCAAAAGUAAAAGAAUUAGAACAACAAAUGAAGAUUCUAAAAUUAGAAAAAGAAUUAGAAACUGCAAGAAGACAAAUGUUAAAUUCAAGAAAACAAAAUUAUAAUAAAAAUUAA